GCCAGCAGCGAACUAGGCAGAAGAAGUACAGCAACAAGAGGGUGGGCCCCAAAGGCGUGAAGAAGACUGUGGAAAAGAAGACUCCCAAGCUGAAGAAGAACAUCGCCCCGGGAUCCGUGCUGAUCCUGCUGGCGAGCAAGUUCAGAGGCCGACGGGUUGUCUUCCUGAAGCAGCUGGAGAGUGGCCUCCUCCUAGUCACUGGCCCUUACGCCAUCAACGGCGUUCCGCUGAAGCGCGUGAACCAGCGGUACUGCAUCGGCACAUCCACCAAGGUCGACCUCAAGGGCGCAGACUUCUCGUCCAUCACCGAUGCUUACUUUGCCAGCGACAAGGCCAAGAAGAAGUCGGGCGCACACUCUCAGGAGUCCUUCUUUGCGGCUGAGGCCCCGAAGAAGGUGACCCCUCAGGAGAAGAAGGAUGGUCAGAAGAAGAUGGCUUACCUGAAGGCCCGCUUCUCCCUGACCUCCAAGAUGCACCCCCACGAGCUGAAGUUCUGA